AUGCCUUCAGAUACUGUUUCCUUGGAGUCAUUCAUCAGAAGCCGCAGACUUCUCCAGGUUGUUGGUAUCCCCAGCGUGAUACCCUCACCAUUCUUGGUCAGAGCCUUCCAGGAGACAGACUAGACAGAGCCAUGACUCCUAGGGCUUGUCAUCUUCCACCUACUGUGCCUACUUCUCACAUGCUUCUCAUCCCAGAGUUACAAACUACAGACUGGACACUUUCUGUGCCAAGUAGUGUUAGUCUAUUGUGCUGAGUACAUCAAUGAAGUGGCUGCAAUGAAUUGGAGAUUGUUUGCAAAAUAUCAGUAUUUCGAUUUCCAGGGGAAGUUCAUUUCUAUCAUGUUCUCAGCACCAUUGCUGUUCAAUGCCGUGGUCAUUGUGAUUAUGUGGGUACAGAAGACUUUGAAUGUGAUGUCUGACCUAAAGAACUUGCAAGAAAAGAGAAAGGAGAGGAAAAGGAGAAGAAAAAAAAAAGAAUCCUCACUGUUGCUAUGGACAUUGUCCACUGACUUGGUUGUUUCCAGUUGUAAGCCGCACAUGGCCCAGAUGUCCUCUGUCAGCUGA